AUGAGCCUGCCGCGCCACCCGCCCCCGGCAUCGCUCUGCAACUCAUGGUGUGGAGCGCGUCGGCGCUCAGGGCGGCGGCGCCAGCGCGCUCAAUGGCGGGCCGCCCUCCCGCGCCGCCCGCGCACUCCCGCGCUCCCGCGCGACGAGCCGCCGCGCAAGCGCGCCAAGCUGCCCGACGACGCCGCCGCGCUGCGCCGCCGCAUCCUCGACUGCGAGCUGCAGCGCCUGAGGAACCUGCGCGACCGGUUCACGGAGCAACUGAGCGAGCUGUACUUCCUGCAGGCCGGCGGCAACAUGAUGGACUACGCCGUGUGGCGCAAGCGGCCGCCGGCGCCGCAGCUGCUCGCCUUCCUGGAGGCGCGGCGGCCGGCGGCGCUGAGCGCGGCGCCCGAGCCGGCGCCGGCCGCGUCGCCGGCGGACGAGAUGGUGGAGAAGGCCAAGCAGGAGGCGUACGUGGCGGGGCGCGUGGCGGAGCUGGCGCGGGCGGGGCUGUGGGCGGAGCGGCGCCUGCCGCGCGUGCUGGAGCCGCCGCGCACCAAGUCGCACUGGGACUACCUGCUGGAGGAGAUGGCGUGGCUGGCGCAGGACUUCGCGCACGAGCGCAAGUGGAAGAAGCAGGCCGCUAAGAAGUGUGCUCGAGCUGUUCAAAAGUAUUUCCAAGAUAAAGCUAUAGCAGCACAGAAAGCAGAAAAAGCUCAAGAAAUACAGCUCAGAAAAAUUGCUGCUUUUGCAGCUAAGGAAAUAAGAACAUUUUGGUCCAAUGUAGAAAAGCUGGUGGAGUGGAAGCGAGUGCGGCGCGUGGAGCGGGCGCGCAAGCAGGCGCUGGACGAGCAGCUCAGCUACAUCGUCGACAAGACCGAGCGCUACUCGCGCCAGCUGGCCGCCAACCUCGCCGCGCCGCCGCCCGACGACGACUUCACGCCGCGCGGCGCCUCCGACGACGACGAGUCCACCAUCGCCGCCGCCGAGCGCGACGCGCCCGCCGACCACGCCGCCGAGCUGGAGGCGCUGCGCCGCGACUCCAGCGCCCCGCUGCGCGACCUGCUGCCGCCCGGCUACCUGGCGCAGUCGCCGCCGCCCUCCGACUACGGGCCCGACGCCGACGACUCCGCCGACGACGAGCGCUCCAUCGCCGCGCAGGAGCGGCGCGAGCGAGGCGACGCCGGCGCCGAGCUGGCGCAGCUGCGCCGCGACGCCGACCUCGGCCUGGACGAGCUGCGCCGCCGCUACGCGCAGCCGCCGCGCGACGCCGACUCCUCGCCCGCGCGCUCCGCCGACUCCUCCUCCGGCGACAGCUCCGACUCGGAGUCGGACGCCAGCGAGUCGUCGGCGGCGUCGGAGGCGCUGGAGGCGCUGAUGGAGGAGGCGCCGGCGGCGGACGCGGCGCCGGGCGACGCGUCGGAGCGGCGCGUGGAGGCGGCGGCCGUGCUGGCGGCGUCGCUGCAGCCCACGGGCACCACGCUGUCGGAGACGGCCGUGGCCACGCCGGUGCCGCGGCUGCUGCGCCACGUGCUGCGCGAGUACCAGCACGUGGGGCUGCACUGGCUGGCCACCAUGUACGCGCGCGGCCUCAACGGCAUCCUGGCGGACGAGAUGGGGCUCGGCAAGACGGUGCAGACCAUCGCGCUGCUGGCCCACCUGGCGCAGGAGCGCGGCGACUGGGGCCCGCACCUGGUGGUGGCGCCCACCUCCGUGGUGCUCAACUGGGAGAUGGAGUUCAAGAAGUGGUGCCCCGCCUUCAAGAUUCUCACUUACUACGGCACUAUAAAGGAACGCAAGAUGAAACGUGUCGGGUGGACUAAAGCGAACUCUUUUCAUGUGUGUAUAACCUCGUAUAAACUCGUAGUGCAGGACCAUCAAAGUUUUCGAAGAAAACGUUGGAAAUAUUUGAUUCUCGAUGAGGCACAGAACAUUAAAAACUUCAAAUCUCAAAGGUGGCAGAUGCUAUUAAAUUUUCAAACAGAGAGACGACUGUUGUUGACCGGCACGCCGCUGCAAAACAGUUUGCUGGAACUGUGGUCGCUGAUGCACUUCCUCAUGCCCGACGUGUUCGCCUCGCACUCGGAGUUCCGCGAGUGGUUCAGCGAGGUGGCCGGCAUUGCCGACGGCUCCAACCGCUACAACGAGGCGCUGGUGCGGCGCCUGCACGAGGUGCUGCGGCCCUUCCUGCUGCGCCGCCUCAAGCAGGACGUCGAGCGACAGAUGCCGCGCAAGUACGAGCACGUGCUGCUGUGCCGCCUCUCCAAGCGCCAGCGCUUCCUCUACGACGACUUCAUGUCGCGAGCCAAGUGAAACCAAGGGAGCCUGGCGUCCGGCCAUCUGCUGAGCGUCAUCAACGUGCUCAUGCAGCUGCAGGUGUGCAACCAUCCCGACCUGUUCGAGCCGCGGCCCGUGUCCUCGCCCCUGCAGGAGCCGGGCCUGCGCCUCGUCGUGCCCGCGCUGGCGCUGCUGGCCGGGCCCGCCGAGCGCGUGGAGCUGGCCGCGCGCCUGGGCGGCGACCUGGCGCUCGAGCUGGCCGGCGCCGGCGCCUUCGCCGCGCACCGCGCCCGCCACUCGCGCGCCGCGCCGCCUCGUGGAGCUCUGCGCGCCCGCGCCGCGCCGCCGUGCCGCCCGCCGGCCUGCCUGCACCUGCGCCUCGUGCCGCGCCGCCGCCGCCGCCGCACGCCGCGCCGCGCGCCCCGCCGCCGCGCCGCCCUGCCGCCGCCCGCGCCGGCGGCGGCGCGGCGGCGGCUGGCGGCGGCGGUUCGCGCGCGGCGGCUGGCGGCGUGCAACGAGCGGCGCUGCUGGCGGCUGCCGCUGUACGGCGCGGACCUGCGCGCGGCGGUGUGCGUGGGCCCGGCGCCGGUGUCGGCGCGGACGGUGUCGGACGUGCUUUCGGACCUGCGCGACCUCAUCGAUAGGUUCUGCGUGUGCUGUUGCGGCGUACGCGCUGGCGCCGCGACGCUGGUGGCGCGCGCGGGCCCCGCGCGCCGCGUGGCGGCCGCGGGCGGAGCGGAGCGCGCGGCGCCGGCGCUGGCGGCGCCUGCACGCGCCGGCGCGCGGCUGGCCGUGGCCUUCCCGCACCCGCGCCUGCUGCAGUACGACUGCGGCAAGCUGCAGACGCUGGACGCGCUGCUGCGGCGCCUGAAGGCGGCCGGCCACCGCGUGCUCAUCUUCACGCAGAUGCGCGUGCUGGACGUGCUGGAGGCGUUCCUGUCCAUGCACGGCCACGCCUACCUGCGGCUGGACGGCACGCGCGUGGACCGCCGGCAGCCGCUCGUGGACCGCUUCAACGCGGACCCGCGCAUCUUCGCGUUCAUCCUGUCGACGCGCAGCGGCGGCGUGGGGCUGAACCUGACGGGCGCGGACUCGGUCGUGUUCUACGACUCGGACUGGAACCCCACGAUGGACGCGCAGGCGCAGGACCGCUGCCACCGCAUCGGCCAGACGCGCGACGUGCACGUGUACCGCCUCGUCACCGCCGCCACCGUCGAGGAGAACAUCCUGCGCAAGGCGGAGCAGAAGCGAGCGCUCGGCCACCUCGCCAUCGAGGACGGACACUUCACCACCUCCUACCUACGCUCGGCCAACAUCAAAGAACUAUUCGGUUCCGAGGCUGAAAAUGGUGAAACAGAAACGGUCGAGGCCGAACCCGCCGCCGGCGGAGAGCUCGAGUCCGCCCUCGCCGCCGCCGAGGACGAGGCCGACGCCGCCGCCGCCACCGCCGCGCGGGCCGAGGCGCAGGGCGACCUCGCCGAGUUCGACGAGACGCUGCCGCUCGACGACGAGCCCCGCGCCGCCGCCCGCGCCGACCCCGACGACCUCGCCGCGCUCAUGAGCCAGCUCACGCCCAUCGAGAAGUACGCCAUGCGCCUGGUGGAGAGCAGCGAGGCGGCCACCGAGCGCGCGGCGCUGGGCGAGAUGCGGCGCCAGCUGCGCGAGGGGAGCAGGCUCGGCGGGCUCGCGCAGCCAGUCGCGCCGCGCGCGAGCGGCGCUGACGAGAUUUUGAGUUAUGACAUCGCUAAUCAUUUUAUUCUCAAACCCCAAGCCUUCCACCCACCUCCGAAAACCCGUAUCAAGUAUAGAUGUACGAUUUCUGUUCAGAUAUGGGUGAGCAGUUCGGGAACCGAGGAGCGAAUGCCGAUGUGGUGUCCGCCCACCCCGCCCUCCGGCGACGGCGACGUGUACUGCGACAGCUGGGCGCGGCCGCUCUACCGCGCCGGCCCCGCGCCCGACGCGCUGCUGCCGCCCGUGCACCGCCGCGAGCCGCGCCGCGAGCCCCGCCGCGCCCGCGCCCGCCCGCGCCCCUCGCGCCGCCCUCGCUGUUCGAGCGCUGGCCCGCGCCGCCCCCGCGCCGCGCCGCCGCCCGCGCACCUGCACCCGCACCCGCACGCGCAGCCGACUGGCGCCCAGCGACGCCGCGCUGCGCCGCGCUCCGCCGCCUGCAGCGCCGCCCGCCGAGCCGCCCGCCGCGCUCGCGCCCAACUGGAGUGGUUGGCCGCUCGUGGCCUGCGCCUGCGCCUACCGCUCGCCCGCGCCUGCCGCGACCGCCACGACGCGCUGGCCGACCCGAGGCGCGCCGCCGCCGCCACCGCCGCCCGCCGCCCGCCGCCGCCGCCUCGACGACGACGCGCCGCGCCCGCGCUCGCGCGCCUCGACGCCAUGCGCGACGCCGCCGAGCGCCGCCGCCGCCCGCGCCGCCACGACGACCCGCCGCCGCACAACCCCAAGCACGCGGCUCUGCUGCACGAGCACGGCGUCGACUACGACGCGCCGCCCUCGCCCAUGGACGUGGCCACGCGCCGCGCCGAGCGCAUCGCAAGGAGAAGCUGGCGGCCGCGGCCGCGCCCGGUCCCAGCGCCGCGCCCGCCCGCCGCGCCCGCCGCCCCGCAGCGUAUCGUGGUGGCGGCGGCCGGCAAGGCGGACGCCGCGGCGCGUGCGGCCGCAGGAGCCGGCCGCGCUGCUGUACCGCCAGCAGUUCCCGCGCCAGCUCAAGAUCCUGCAGGGCGAGGCGGGCGUGCGCAAGCUGCAGCUGCAGCAGGGCGUGCGGCGCGGCCGUGCGCCCGCACGCGCACUCGCGUGGUGGCGCACCUGGCGCCGCCGCGCCCGGCCCCGCGCCGGCCCGGCCGGCCCGGCCCGCGUCCGGCGCCGGCCCUGCGCCCGCGCCGCCGCCCGAGCGCCCGCGUGCUCCCGACCCGCGCCAAUGAACAAUAA